AUGCGUUUCUGUUUCCACCUUUCUGGUUCUCCAGGCACAGAGGACAAUGGCAGCAAAGCGAGGGCAGAGCACGGAAGAAGAAGGUUAAAGCCGCGACAUAAGUUUACCGAAGUUCAGCUGAAGAUACUCAGAAAACUGUUUGAAAACAGUAAUUAUCCAGAUUUCGAAACCAAGAAUAAGCUGGCACAGUGUUUCAGGUGCCAAGUGUACGUGAUUGAAAACUGGUUUCAGAAUAAAAGAUCCAGGCUACUACCAAAAUUGAAAGGCAAAAAUUUUGCCGCCAAGAGAACACACAAGAGCCAAGACUGCAUGCUUACAGGCCACCAGGAUACCCAGGCGCAAGCUGUCCAUUCCACCACUGAGCAAGUCUCUUCUGUGCAGCUGGCUCCAUGGAGUCUUGCUGCCUGUUCUGUAGAGACCCAGGAAGCUUCUGGCUCACGGGACUCCGCGAUCCAAAGCAUCGGAAUGAGAUCAAGUGGCGCUGCGUGUCAUCAAGGCGCCGGUGGAAGUGGAUUUCCUCUCAGCUUCACACCGACAAACUUUGCUCCUCCCUCUCUGCGUGGGCAGUAUCCUAUGGGUGACUGGCCUAAGACAUGGAGAAGCCAGUGUUCUACGUCCUCUGUCUUUGGAUGUGUUCCUAGUGUGCAAGGGCAGUGGUGGAUGGAUAGUAACUAUGCCUUGCUGUUUCCAGAACAGCAGCAGAAUAACUGGGGAGAUCAGCCAGGACUGCUUCAGAGCGGGGAUUUAAAGCAUCAGGACCCAUUCGAUCCAAGUAAUGGAGAUGCAGCAGGCUCUCAGAUGCAGCCUGCACCUCUACAAGAGGCAGUCAGAGCACCAAUGCCUUUUUGGCUAGAUGGGCAGCAAGGUGCUGCCAACAGCUGUGUAUACUGCCCAGCAGGAGACGGGUCCCAUCAAAACAGACCCGUAGGCUCCCCAAGGCUGCCCUGGGACCAGCAGGAAUUUAAGGAGCAGCAUUGGGUGGGGCUAAGGUGGAGUUCAGGAAUCUUACAACCUUCUGUGAAACCGUUAACACAUAACGAAGAUCCAGGAUUCCCACGUGUAGAUGAAUUUCUAAACAAACAUCACAUCACCACACCUGGGGUUAGGGAUUUAGCUCAGUGGUAGAGUGCUUGCCUAGCAAGCGCAAGGGUGGAACUCCAC